AUGUUUAAACGCUCCCACGCCGUACAACUAGCGCCUGCUCCCGCCGCAGCGCCCGCCUCUGAGACGCGCAUGCGCAGCCCCCACUGGGCGGAGCCCCGGAGCCCGGGGGCGUGUCCAGGGCGUGGCCUCCAGACCCCGCCCCGCGGAGCCUCGGCGUCCUGGGACGCGGGAGCCAUGGCCGCCGCGGCGGGGGCUGAGGGGAGGCUGCGGCGGGCCGCGCGGGUGCUCGCGCACGUGUGCGGACUGACCCUGGCCAUGAAAAGGUACAUUGAAAAGAGUCGAGCAGAAGAGUGGGCACGAUUUUACCUGAGUAUGAAGACUUGGUCCACUAAUGAAUUAUUGUAUAGCAGGAGCAGUUUUUCUAAAUAUAACUUGAGCCAAGAUUUUGACAAGCUGAAGACCUUGUUGUCUCUUCAGCCUAAGCAAAGAAGCCAAGAAAAUCUCAGAGAGAUUCAACUCUGCCUAAAGAAGAAUAGGUCAUUUCGCAGUUUGCCAAAUGAACUACAGCUCCAGCUUUGCCAGACCGCAAUCUAUCAAGAGUAUGAAGCUGAGCGUGUGGUUCUGAGACAAGGACAUGAACCCCUUGAAUGCUGCUUGGUUCUUGCUGGACAUUUAAAGGCCAUGUCCAGUAACACGAGCAAGAACAAAAGCUCCACCUCUGAAAUUCUAAGUGAGUUUGAAGAAGGUGACUUCAUAGGGGAAAUCUGCCUUUUAACUAAUGCCAGGCGACAUACUUCAGUUGUAUGUAAAACAGAUGUAAAACUUCUGGUGAUAAAUAAAGAAGAUUUUUGCUGUUUUCUUGCACAGAGAGUCCAAGAACAAUAUCAAGAAACUUGCAGAUUUCUCAGGAAUCUCCCAUUAUUCUCUUCAUGGCCAAAAGGAAAGAUAGACUUUCUGGUUGAUUGUUCCCUACGCCGAUACUACAGGGCUGGCACAACCAUUGUCUCUGAUAAUUUGAACUCUUGUUUCCUUGUAUUUGUCAUAUCGGGCCACUGUCUGGUGGUUGCUCAGAUGGAGUAUGAGAAAACAGUACAUGCCUGGCAGAUGAAGAAGACAGGUUCCUCUGCCCUGAAAAAUGUCCACACUGGGGUUCUGCCAAGAGGACCUGCUGGGGUAACUGGUGUGUUAGAAGCAUCCACAGUGUCUUGCAAGACUUCUUCAGCCGCUAGAAAAACAACACUCAGCACAAAGAAACCUCAGCUGCAGGUAUCUUCACCAGCAACAUGUUUUGUUGAGAUAAGAGUCCUGGAACAAGGUGGAAUUUUUGGCUUAGUAGAAACACUGGACAAGUCAUGUGAUCUUCAACUGUGUCUGACCAGUGGGGGAGCAGAAUGCAUUUUUAUUCCCAGAACCGUGUUUCUAGCAGAAGCCAGCACUGAAACCAGGAGAACAGCCUUGGCGUCGGUGUGUGCCUACCCCUCCGUGGAGGCCGUCCGGAAGCACGUGGUCGAGCAGCAAGCCUGGGAAGCUUACAAGGCCAGACUCUUGGAACCGUACCUGAAGAGAGGAAGCAAAGUCUGAAUUGAGUAGCCCCUCUGUAGGGCCCAGGGCAUAGGGUCUGUUUACUGUUGCAUAAGUAAUGGAUGCCACAGCCUAAUUUGCUCAAAGCUCCAUCUGCUGACUUCCUACCCAAUCCA